GUCUAUAAAUGUUGAAACUCUGGUUAAAAACCCCAAGACUUUUGGUUCUUUCAUUUAAAACCCCAAGACUUUUGGUUCAUGAUUUUAAACCCCAGUUUCCAAAAAUAGUGGAUUACAAUUUUAAUUCUUACAGAUUUUUGCAUUCUCUCUUGAGAUUUCUUUCUGCUAUAAAUUUUGACAAAAUCUAAAACUCUGAUAUAACCCCCACUAGAUUCUCUUCCUUGUUUCCUCACCAGAUUUUCCGAGAAAUUUGUCAGUUUCUCGGAGAAUCGAAAGGUGAAAGGACUCAUAAACUACGACGUCUGACACAAUCAAAGGUGUUGAAAUUGAGAGACAAUGGCGACAGUGAGUGGAAGGAGACGCAAAAGGAAGAUACAAUUUAGCAAGCUUUUCACAUUGACAGGUGCUAAAGCUUGUUUCAAGCCAGACCAUUCGAAAAUUGGACGAUCUGGUUUCUCUCGUGUGGUUUUCUGCAACCAACCUGAUUCCCCUGAAGCUGAAUCAAAAAACUACUGUGACAACUAUGUGAGGACCACUAAGUAUACUCUCACCACUUUCCUUCCUAAAUCAUUGUUUGAGCAGUUCAGGAGAGUUGCCAAUUUCUACUUCCUUGUUGUUGGGAUCUUGUCUUUUACUCCUCUUGCGCCAUAUACCGCUGUGAGCGCCAUUGUUCCGCUGACUUUCGUCAUUCUCGCUACUAUGUUUAAAGAGGGUGUAGAAGAUUGGCGCCGGAAACAGCAGGAUAUUGAAGUGAAUAGCAGAAAAGUUAGAGUGCACCGAGGCAAUGGGAAUUUCGAUCUUAGGGAAUGGAAGACACUAAGAGUUGGGGAUAUAUUGAAGGUAGAGAAAAACGAGUUUUUUCCGGCAGACCUUGUCCUGCUUUCUUCUAGCUACGAGGAUGCUGUUUGCUAUGUAGAGACAAUGAACCUUGACGGGGAAACAAAUCUGAAACUUAAACAAGGACUAGAAGUAACAUUGUCAUUGCGUGAAGAGCUCAAUUUCAGGGAUUUUGAUGCUUUUAUCAAAUGUGAGGACCCGAAUGCUAACUUAUACUCGUUUGUUGGUACUAUGGAUCUUAAGGGAGCAAAGUACCCUCUCUCACCACAGCAGCUUCUUCUGAGGGGCUCAAAACUCAGGAACACAGACUAUAUCUAUGGGGUUGUUAUCUUCACAGGACCUGAUACAAAGGUUGUCCAGAAUUCAACAGAGCCUCCGUCUAAGAGAAGCAUGAUCGAGAGGAAGAUGGAUAAGAUUAUAUACCUGAUGUUCCUUAUGGUAUUUUCAUUAGCUUUUUUUGGUUCGGUUUUAUUUGGAAUAUCAACGAGAGAUGAUUUCCAGAAUGGCGUAAUGAAAAGAUGGUAUCUGAAACCGGAUGAUUCCAGCAUCUUCUUUGACCCAAAGAGGGCACCUAUGGCUGCGAUAUAUCACUUUCUAACGGCCCUAAUGUUAAACAGUUAUUUUAUUCCUAUAUCCUUGUAUGUGUCGAUAGAGAUUGUUAAAGUUCUUCAGAGUAUCUUCAUCAAUCAGGAUAUCCAUAUGUAUUAUGAGGAAGCUGACAAACCAGCGCAUGCACGUACUUCCAAUCUAAAUGAAGAACUUGGGCAAGUGGGUACAAUUCUUUCAGAUAAGACGGGAACAUUGACUUGUAACUCCAUGGAGUUCAUCAAGUGUUCUAUUGCUGGGACAGCCUAUGGACGUGGUGUUACAGAGGUGGAGAUGGCUAUGGAUAGGAGAAAAGGUUCUGCUUUGGUGAAUCAGAGCAAUGGAAAUAGUACUGAUGAUGCUGUUGCUGCAGAACCGGCUGUGAAAGGAUUCAACUUUAGAGAUGAAAGGAUAAUGGAUGGAAACUGGGUCACGGAAACGCGUGCUGGUGUCAUUCAGAAAUUCUUUCAAUUACUGGCAGUAUGUCAUACAGUCAUACCUGAAGUGGAUGAAGAUACAGGAAAGAUCUCCUACGAGGCUGAAUCACCGGAUGAGGCAGCAUUUGUUAUUGCAGCAAGGGAGCUUGGGUUUGAAUUUUUCACUCGAACUCAAACAACAAUAUCCGUCAGAGAGCUAGACCUGGUGACUGGGGAACGAGUUGAAAGGUUGUAUAAAGUCCUGAACGUUCUUGAAUUCAGUAGCUCAAGGAAAAGAAUGUCAGUAAUAGUGCAGGAUCAAGAUGGCAAACUGCUUUUACUUUGUAAAGGGGCAGACAGUGUCAUGUUUGAAAGACUUUCCGAAAGCGGUAGAAAGUAUGAAAAGGAAACCCGGGACCAUGUGAACGAGUAUGCUGAUGCUGGAUUGAGAACUUUGAUACUUGCCUAUCGUGAACUCGACGAAAAUGAAUACGAGGUAUUCACUGAGAGAAUCAGUGAAGCCAAGAAUUCAGUUAGUGCUGAUCGAGAAGCACUGAUAGAUGAAGUAACAGAGAAGAUUGAAAAAAACUUGGUUCUUCUUGGAGCUACUGCUGUUGAGGAUAAACUUCAAAAUGGGGUCCCUGAUUGCAUUGAUAAGCUUGCUCAAGCAGGAAUAAAGAUUUGGGUUUUGACUGGAGACAAGAUGGAGACUGCCAUCAAUAUUGGCUUUGCUUGUAGUUUGCUCAGACGAGACAUGAAGCAGAUCAUAAUUAACUUGGAGACUCCUGAAAUCCAGCAGUUGGAAAAAUCCGGAGAGAAAGAUGCCAUUGCAGCGGCUUUAAAGGAAAAUGUACUGCAUCAGAUAACUAGUGGAAAGGCUCAGCUGAAAGCGUCUGGUGGAAACGCCAAGGCUUUUGCUUUAAUCAUUGAUGGGAAAUCACUUGCUUAUGCAUUGGACGAAGAUAUGAAAGGCAUCUUCCUUGAGCUGGCCAUUGGUUGUGCUUCAGUGAUUUGCUGCCGUUCAUCACCAAAACAGAAGACACUGGUAACAAGACUAGUCAAAACUGGAAGUGGUCAGACGACAUUGGCAAUUGGUGAUGGCGCAAAUGAUGUUGGAAUGCUCCAGGAAGCAGAUAUAGGAGUUGGGAUCAGCGGCGUGGAAGGAAUGCAGGCUGUAAUGUCCAGCGACAUUGCCAUUGCUCAGUUCAGAUAUCUGGAGCGUUUAUUACUGGUCCAUGGACACUGGUGUUACAGACGGAUCGCAAAAAUGAUUUGUUAUUUCUUCUACAAGAACAUCACAUUUGGUUUCACUCUCUUCUUAUAUGAGGCAUACACAUCAUUCUCAGCGACACCGGCUUACAAUGACUGGUAUCUAUCUCUAUAUAGUGUCCUUUUCACGUCUCUUCCUGUAAUUUGUUUGGGCAUCUUCGACCAGGAUGUAUCUGCACCGUUUUGUCUCAAGUUCCCCGUAUUGUACCAAGAAGGUGUACAAAAUCUCCUUUUUAGUUGGCGCCGGAUACUCAGCUGGAUGUUCCAUGGCUUCUGCAGCGCAAUAAUCAUUUUCUUUCUCUGCAAAACCUCUCUUGAAUCUCAAGCUUUCAACCACGAAGGGAAAACCGCAGGGAGAGAUAUUCUAGGGGGAACAAUGUACACAUGUGUGGUGUGGGUUGUGAGUUUGCAGAUGGUCUUGACGAUCAGUUACUUCACACUAAUCCAACAUGUCGUCAUUUGGGGAUCCAUUGUUAUAUGGUACCUUUUUCUGAUGGUGUACGGAUCCCUUCCAAUAAGAGUAUCUACAGAUGCCUAUAUGGUCUUUCUUGAAGCUCUUGCGCCUGCACCUUCUUACUGGAUCACCACUCUCUUUGUAGUGCUAUCCACAAUGAUGCCUUACUUCAUCUUCUGUGCUAUUCAGAUGAGGUUUUUCCCAAUGUCCCAUGGAACCAUACAGCUGCUUAGAUACGAGGAUCAGUGCAGCAACUCUGGGAACUUUGAAAUGGGGAGGCAGAGAUCAGUAAGGCCUACAUUGGUCAUGAGGUCUCAUCAGCCAGAAUCUUGAUAAUUGAUGAACGAAUACCGAUAUUUAUCUCCUCAGAUGAUUUGGGCUUUAGUGACUUUGCAGGAUGUAAAUAAGACUAAUCAAAGUGUAGACUGGAGGAGAUCCGGUACAAGACUGAAGAACAGAGGCUCUUUAACUGGUUUGUAUAGCAUAAGCGUGUAAAUUCUGAUUAUUGCGGCCUUGACCAGUAAAAAUAAAACAAGAGUUUAUAGAGUUUGUCUGUCAAGAAACAUCUAAUUAUAUUAGAAAUCAGGGGAAGAUUUUCAGUUUAGAUAAGAGCAGACAAAAAAAAAAACAAUACAUUUUUUUGUCUUUGUUACAUUUCUCUUCUUUUGAGAAACAAUGAGACUUGCUUUUGUAUUCCUUAACGCUUCUUUUAUUGAUUCUUGAUUGAAUAACAUAACGAACGCGGCCAGCAAAUACGAGGAGUAUAACCUCUGCUUUGUUAUGAUUUGAAAUCGAAAAUGUCAGAAGAAUCUUCAUGACGCCAGAAGCUUCCAAACAAGAACCCUUUGUUCAUGGACAGUUCCUCCAACAUUCCUUCAAUAUCUUCCAUGCAAUUUAGUCUUGAUGAGCCAUCUUCAAAGGCAAACCCAUUCCCAGACCAAUGCUCCUCUUUGACAUUUUCCAUUGUUGGUUGCAAGGUUUUUCCACAUCUUCUCUUCACAAACUUCUUCAUCUUCUUGGCAACUUUACGAGGGAUCUUGAAGAAGACGAAGACACUGACUUGUAAGACAAGGCAUUGACAGCAACAUGACAGGACAACACAGUCUGCUGCAAAUGCACCACAAUCUUCUUCCAUUACUGUGAUAUGCACAAAACUGCAAGGUUACAAAGAUACUAUAGAUAGAUGAUAUACAUAGAAAUGUAUAUCAGUAUCACAUGGGGUUCGAGACAUAUUUACCGGCAUAUUUAGGAAUCUUGGACGUCAAAAGAACUGUAGCUUUUUAAGUUCUUGUUCCCUCUAAGACUAUUCCCCAACAUGAAUGUGGUUCGGAGAAGGGUGCAUCGGUCUUUUCUCAUCUUAUAUUUGGCAAAUCGAGUCAUUUGACCAGAUGUAUCAUGUGGCAGGUGACACACGUAAUGAAAAGUUUGGUGAUAACAUAAAGAAGCUUGCUG